AUGCAAUUCAACAUCUUCGACGCCUGGCACACACGGUCACACGUCGCCGUUGAUGGCGCUGGCGGGUCACUCAUGGCACAAGGCACCGGCUCGAUCACGAUACGAACGUCGAAACAACGAACGAUCAAGCUCUGCAACGUCUACUGCGUCCCCGACCUUCCAGCCAUACCUGAUCUCGGUCAUGCAGCUGCGACGCGAGCGCGUUUACACCCACUUUGGCAAGACCAUCGAGCUCCGGUCACAAGGUCAACUCAUAGGCGUGGCAUCCCUCAUUGCGAAUCAAUUGUCGACACUGGACGCCACCCCAAUCCGCAGCACGGUGUCACCGGUCGCAGCCGCCGCCAUCCCUCUCCUGACUCUGCACCAACGAUUCGGCCACCUGUCCCUCCCCAACCUGCGAAGGGCAGUCUCGUCGGGUCAACUCCAAGGUCAGACAUGGACGUACUCGGCGGCCGAAUGCAAGGCCUUCUCCUGCGACACCUGCAAAGCCGCCAAAGCAACAAGGACGCCUUUCCCAACGUCGGAUUCUCGCGCUUCGCAACCACUCAAACUGGUCCACUCCGACGUCCUCACUCUGCCCGAACCCGCCACCGAUGGGGAACGAUACGUUGUCACCUUCAUCGACGAUUUCUCCCGGAAGACGUGGGUCAGCGCGCUGAGGAACAAGAGUCAGGUCUUCGACACCUUCCAGCGUUGGCACACCAUGAUUGAGCGCUCGACGGGCCUCAAGCUUCGCACGUUACGAACGGACAACGGCGGUGAAUACACGUCCAAAGCCUUCAUUGAGUACUGCUCUCAUCACGGCAUCACCAGGCAACUCACGAUCCCUUACACCCCGGAGCAAAACGGCCGAGCCGAACGGACAAACCGCACAAUCGUCGAGGGGACGAUCUCCCUACUCCAGCACUCGGGUCUGCCCAUGAGACUCUGGCGCGAGGCCCUCUGGUACGUUGUCGACACCAAAAACCUCAGCCCGCACAGCGCCAUCGAUCACAAAAUCCCGGACACUAUCUGGUAUGGCAAACCUCCCAGCACGGCAAACCUGAGGGCAUUCGGCUGCCGCGCCUGGCACACCACCCCUCGGCACAAGCGGGCAAAACUCGACCCCAAGGCCAAACCAUUCAUCUUCGUCGGCAUCGAAAACAAAACCAAGGCCUGGACGCUGUACGAUCCAGAAACAACUUCGUUCUUCCAGAGCCGCGACGUUAGAUUUGAUGAGAACGUCUUCCCUGCUCGAGAUGCCCCGAUUGGCCAACCAAAGCCUCACACGACGUCUAAUACUGGCGACUGGACCUUCUGA